AUGGGAGACAUCAAUGAAUCGGAGCGAAGUGAAGCAGGAGGUUUGCAUGAUCUACCGCAACUAAAUUCAGCAAUCAACUCCAAUCGCAGAGAGCGGCCACCAAUGAUCAACUUAUCAACUGGAGAUGUCGCCAGUCGCGUUCCCUUGCGGCAGCCAAAGGUCCUGAGGAAGGAUUCGAAGGGUGGACUCCGCGGUAUGUUCACACGAAACAAGACUGAAAAAGCGGUCGUCAUAUCGCCAUUGAUUGAGGAGACCCCUUCAUUAUCUGGAUUCUCGGAGAGGUCUAUGAAAGCUGCAGCGGAAGCAAACUUACCCCGUAGCCUUUCCAUGAAAAUGGUCAUGCAGAAAGCCGAGAAACCUACUCCAGUAACAGAAAUCAUCAUGCCUGCUACGCCAGCACAAUCCACUGCCAAAGCUUCGCGGAUGAAUCUCAGGUCUAAAUCAGUGAAAUCGAUGAAGACCCCCAGCAAACCAACCCCAAAGUCACCGAGUACAAAGUCUUCGCCCCGGCCACCCACGCGGACGUCGGCAGCUUGGGAUCCACCGCCACUCUUUCAAGCCUACCCGCAGGCUAUAAAGCAUGCUCAGCUUUCCGCUUCAACACUUUCCGCUGAUGCUAUCCUUCGCAUGAGCAACCACAAGAGAAAUAACAGUCUCCGGGACGAAAUCGCUCAGGUUGAAGCCACGGAUCUUACGAGCGCAGCAGCUAGGAAAGCUGAAAAGGCGAAAAGUAAACACAAACGACAAAUCUCGGGAUCACUGUCUAAGGCGGACUGGACUCAAAAGAUUUUCGUUUUAGUAACUUCUGGCUAUUUAUUGCAAUAUGCAGGUGACGGAUCAUUCGAUAGGUUACCAGAGAAGAUGAUGCAACUUGGGAAGGAUUCUGUUGCUUUCGCUAGCGACGUAAUCCCAGGGAAGCACUGGGUACUACAAAUUUCGCAAGCUAUGGAUUCCGAUGGUACACCAGCUUCAGAUUCGAGAUCUCUAUUAUCGCGGCUUGCUUUUAGGGGCGCUGAUUACCGAAGAUCUGCAACUAGCUUGUUGCUUGUCCUCAAUAGUGCCGAGGAUAUGGACUCAUGGAUUGCCGUUGUAAGGAGGGAGAUCGAAGCAUUAGGCGGCAAGAAACAUGUUUCGGAAACAGGAAAACCCAAACCGGACGACAAAGUUAUGCAACUGAGAGCGCAGCCAAGCCAUCGAUACCUCAUCCACAGGAAUACGGACGAGACGUCUAAUCCAGCCUCGCCCCAGAUCCCAUCGUUCGGACCACCUCCAUGGGUUAAGGAGAAAGACAAUGAACUACAGAAAAAGCUAGAGGAGGCAACAUCGGAAUUAAUACGACCGCAGUCGUCAUCAGUCCGUCCUUCGACUAGUUACCACUCGAGGGCUGGCAGUGUCACUUCAAACGAUGGACGUCAACUUGAGAGUCUAAGAGAUAGCUCAAACAGAUUCUCUUAUGUUUCUUCUGGCCAACGAACACUGAUCACUUCUCAAGACUCUUCACCAGCUACUUCGCCAACUAGAGAAAGCGGAAACUUCGACGACAUCAUUCCCAAGCCUUCUAUCGAAGAUCUACACCUCCGACCAAAUGCAGCAGCUGUGAAUGAACGUAGGAGAUCCAUGCAGACCAUGCACGCCCCUCUCCUGGAACCGCAAGCCACGGCAAAGCUCCAUCGACAUUCAACAUACGGUGGUCCAGCCAAUCCAAGUCGAAGCCGCUCUCCAGGCCUAACACCAAAUUUCAGCGUUCCAAAUUCUUCGAUUAAACGCUAUUCUAUGGCUAAGAGUCCAUCGCCCACACCACCCGUACCAAGCAAAACUCUUGGAUCCGGGCAACGGGAUUCCAUUCUGAGGGGACCUCGCAAAGCACCCCCCUCCGCGCUUCACGUUCCACGCCCUCUUUCUCCAGUAAAAGCCUCGCCGAAAAAGGCUGCCCCCAUGAUCGUCAUGCCCGUGGACUCAGACCCAAUCUCAGGUCCAAGCACCACCCAAUCCUUCUCGCUAGUCCAAAACGCCAAGCUAUCCGUGAUUACCAUCCCACCACGCUCACCUACUACACCAUCCAACGCCAUGCCCACCCCUCCACCCCGCCGCAUGUCAAGUCUCACGCCGCUUGCUCCCCAUGAAGCAGCACACAUUGACUUCCACCUGCCUCGCAGGUACUCGAGCAUGCAGACACUUCGCGAAAUAAGCGAGAAACAUGCGUUGAAUAACAACAAUCUCGAUGCACCGCUACGCCCUGCGCCUCUACCACCGGCGGCACUUUCAACACCAUUGCCGAGCUCGCCGUUUGUAUCAACGUUUGAGCUUCCUAUCUCAACUACACAACAGAGUCAAAGUCAACGCCACGGUCAGGAUCAGACUCAAAAUCAUUCACACUCCCACUCGCAAAGACCUCGAAGCAGAGCCAGUGCCCGCUCACCACAGCCCGUUCCCGUCCUCGUACCCGCCCUAGCAAACACCAAGUCCAAAGUCAAACGCCCAAUCAGCAUGCAAAUCGCCCCCGCCGCCGCCCACAGAAACAACCCGUACCUUUCUCUCAAGACCAAAUCUCCCCAUAUUGCAUCUCAAGCCAACACCCUCUCGCCUCGACCUUUCUCCUCAUCUUCAAACACCUCCUCUACCUCAACAUUGUAUUCGCACUCUUCUACCAACGGCCACGUCUUGACGCCGCUGACUUCAGUGUCGAUGCUUUCACCUGGUUUGCAGCGGGUGAAAGAGCAUGAGAUUAGCAGGACGGUGAUCAAUAGGCGGAGUAUGCCGGCGUUGGUUAAUGGACCACCGCCUGCGCCGCCGCCAGAUUGCGCGUUACCUCCUAUACCGCCGCCUGGGAGUUCGAGGGGAAGUGUGGGGAGUAGGGGGAGUUUGGUGAGGUGA